AUGACAGUGGAUGGGAUGGAAUGUGGGCAUCGCUGGGUGAACCAGAGGAUUCAAGGGUCCAGUCUCCUCGAUCGACGCGUAUGGCGAUACAUGGCAGCUUUCAUGCAGCACACAGGAGGCGUUGGCUUCCACUGGGAUUUCUCUCCACCAUUUGCCAUCGUCUCGUCGAAUCCAGGCGGAGGAUUUCCAGUCUUGCGGCCACCUCUACCGCCAGGGCCUCCGCCACCGCCUUCUGCUAGUAGUGUCGCUGGUGGUGGCGGUGGUGGUGGUGGUGGUGGUGGAACCGCAGCUGCUAAUUCUUCUUAUGGACAGUGGCCUGUUAGCAAAUACAUUGUCUACUUGGGGCACACUGGGAGCUCUAAACCGGAGGCUGUGACAUCGUCUCAUCACCAAAUUCUUGCCUCUGUCAAGGGGAGCAAGGAAUCGUCGCUGGUUCACAGCUACAAGCACGGUUUCAAUGGCUUCUCCGCCUUCUUGACUGAAGCCGAAGCCGACUCCAUUGCAAAGCUUCCUGGCGUGGUUAAGGUUUUCCGUUCCAAAAAACUCAGUCUCCACACAACACGCUCCUGGGAUUUUCUCGACAGCUUUUCUGGUGGUCCGCACAUUCAACUCAACUCUAGCUCUGGAUCGGAUGUCAUUGUGGGAGUCCUGGAUACUGGUGUUUGGCCGGAGUCCAAGAGCUUCGACGACGCUGGGAUGGGACCGGUGCCAAAGAGAUGGAAAGGAGUAUGUGACAAUUCCAAAGUCACCAAUCAUUCACACACGAUCCACUGCAACAAGAAAAUUGUAGGAGCUCGAUCUUAUGGACACUCGGACGUGGGGAGCCGUUAUCAAAACGCUCGGGACGAAGAGGGGCAUGGAACUCACACGGCCUCCACCAUCGCUGGAAGCCUGGUAAAAGACGCCACUUUUUUAACAACUCUUGGAAAAGGAGUUGCUCGAGGGGGCCAUCCAUCCGCAAGGCUUGCGAUCUACAGGGUUUGCACGCCAGAAUGUGAGGUUGACAGCAUUCUCGCAGCAUUCGACGACGCAAUUCACGACGGUGUAGAUAUUCUCUCGUUAUCGCUGGGUGAAGAUACCACCGGAUAUGACGGGGAUUCCAUAUCCAUUGGUGCUUUCCAUGCAAUGCAGAAGGGAAUUUUUGUAUCAUGUUCUGCUGGAAAUGGAGGUCCAGGCUUCCAAACCAUCGAGAACUCGGCUCCAUGGAUUUUGACAGUGGGAGCAAGCACUAUCGACAGGAAGUUCUCGGUCGACAUCAAACUUGGAAACUCUAAAACCAUCCAGGUCAAGGGAAAGAUUGUCUUGUGCAAAUAUAGUCGGGGCGUUGCAUCAUCCUCGGUCAUCCAGCGACAUCUUAAAGAACUUGGUGCCUCGGGAGUAAUUUUGGGGAUUCAUAAUACGACAGAGGCAGCGUCCUUCCUUGAUCUUGCUGGAGCUGCUGUCACUGGGAGCGCCUUGGACGAGAUUAAUGCCUACCUGAAGAACUCGAGGUACACAAGCUUUCAUGCAUUUUUGCCCGAUCUCGUUGCUCCUGGUGUGGACAUACUGGCUGCAUGGAGUCCUGAGCAGCCCAUCAACAGUUAUGGCAAGCCAAUGUACACCGACUUCAACAUAAUCUCUGGAACUUCCAUGUCAUGUCCUCACGCCAGUGCUGCCGCAGCCUUUGUCAAAUCCAGGCACCCGAGUUGGAGUCCAGCAGCCAUCAAGUCGGCUCUCAUGACAACAGCUUCACCAUUUGUGAUGGGAGCCGGACAGAUUGAUCCAGUCGCAGCGCUUAGUCCUGGCCUGGUCUACGACAUAUCUCCGGAUGAAUACACGAAGUUUCUAUGCACGAUGAACUACACAAGGGAUCAGCUGGAGCUCAUGACUGGAAAGAACUUAUCUUGUGCACCCCUGGACUCCUACUUGGACUUGAACUAUCCAUCCAUCGCGGUUCCCAUCGCUCAGUUUGGCGGGCCAAAUUCCACCAAAGCGGUGGUGAACAGGAAAGUUACCAACGUUGGAGCUGGCAAGUCGGUCUACAACAUUUCAGUAGAAGCUCCGGCGGGAGUGACUGUCGCGGUGUUUCCUCCACAGCUCAGGUUUAAAUCCGUGUUCCAGGUUCUAAGUUUCCAGAUCCAGUUCACAGUUGAUUCAUCCAAGUUCCCACAAACGGCGCUAUGGGGCUAUGGAACACUGACAUGGAAGAGUGAGAAGCACUCGGAGGAGGAGGAGAGACGAGAGGUCUAUGCCAACGCCUGA